AUGCUCUCCAAGUCCUUUGUCGUCGCCGGCCUGCUGGCUCUCGCCUCUGCGGGCCCGUGCAAGCCAAGACCGUCCAACACCGGCGCUCCUCCUCCGGCUUCCACCACGGGGGGCCCUACCGACCCUACCUCGCCGCCCAUCCCUGGCGUUCCUACUCUUCCAAGCACUGGUGCCUCCGACCUGCCCAACCCGGACCCUUCGCUCAAGCUAUUGCACGUCGCUCUCGGCCACGGCAUUCAGAACUACACCUGCGGUAACGAGACCACGUCCAAGCCCAGCUUAUUCGGCGCCCUGGCCGUCCUCUACGACGUCACCAGCUUCUUCCCCGGCCAGCCCAAGGGCCUGACCCAGGAAGGCUUCAACGCCCUGACCACCACGGCCCUCUGGACGACCGACAUCCCGCUGAACCUCGAGAACGGCGCCGCCAAGGGGCCCGGCACCCCGGACGCGCCCAACGUGCUGCCCGAGGCCCAGUACGGCGCCACCAAGGACCCGUUUCCCGCACCGUCGGACCUGACGCUCGGCAGCGUCGGCCCCAUGCCCUUCCUCGGCCACCACUUCUUUGACACCGCGGGCGUGCCGACCUUUGACCUUUCGGCACCCGGCUUGCUCGGCAAGGUGGCCAAGACGGGCGGCGUCGCGGCACCCGCCACAGCCGACAAGGGUAUCCUGUCUACGGGCGCCGUCGACUGGCUGCAGCUCAAGAACAACGGCAACAGCAAGGGCAUCACGCUGGUCUACCGCGUCAUCACGGCCGGCGGCAACCCGCAGGCGUGCAGCGUGUCGGGCGCCCCUGGCGCCGGCAGCGUGCCGUACACUGCUUUCUACUGGUUCUACGCUUAG